AUGCUUGAUGGUAAUUCCCAGGCGAUCCUAGGGAAUUCCAUCCCGGGAUCGUCUCCGUUAUCUUCCAGUCCCGAGGCGGUAUUCCAACCCCAGCAUCGACAGGCUUUUUGCGGCGAUGUCGAGGGUUGGGGUCCUAUGAGCCCCUUCAGAUUCGAUCUUACGCCGUGUUUUCUUGAUGCCGGAGUGGCUAUUGUUGCAGCAUGGGGGUUGUUGAUGGGAUCCGGUGCUAUCUGGUUCCUGCUGAAGAAGCGCGUUCCUCAACCGGUGUCGAAAAACUGGCAUUUCUACGCUAAAUUGGUCGUGUUGGGCGCAUUGAUUAUUGCGACAGCGCUUCAAGCCGCGCUUCAAGUCGAAACUUAUCCGAACAAUUGGUGGGCCGACUUUCGUUUCUGGAGCUCGAUCCUUACUCUCGCGUCGCUGGGUGUGAUAUUCACGGUACAAUACUUUGAGCACUGGCGCAGUCGGCAGCCGAACGGAGUCGUUCUAUUCUACUGGGUCUUUUUCAUCGUCGCCUACGUUGUGAAGUUGCGAUCGCUCGUCUCUCGACAGGCGUACAAGGAUCGCAUCCCGUACUUCGUCUCAUUUAAUGUGAGCUUCGGAUUGGCUCUACUGGAAUUUGUGCUGGAGUACUUGGUUCCCAAGAAGCAGAGUGCUUACGAGGCGUUGGGCGAGGAGGAUGAAUGUCCCUAUGAAUAUGCGGAUAUUUUCUCCGUUCUGACCUUCAGCUGGUUGACUCCGAUGAUGAAGUAUGGCUAUAAGAACUUCCUCACUCAAGAUGAUCUUUGGACCCUGCGCCGACGGGAUACCACUUCUGUGACCUUGAACACUUUGGAGGAGAGCUGGCAGCAAGAGCUGAAAAAGAAGAAGCCGUCUUUGUGGCUCGCGCUGUUCAAGUCAUUUGGUGGUUCAUAUUUCCGCGGUGCCAUCAUCAAAUGUGGAAGUGAUCUCCUUGCCUUCGUUCAGCCCCAGCUUCUGCGGGUUCUGAUUACAUUUAUCGACUCUUAUCGGACGGAUGAGCCUCAGCCGGUAAUUCAAGGUAUUGCGAUUGCUCUCGCCAUGUUCCUGGUUUCAAUCGGGCAGACUCUGUGCCUUCACCAAUACUUCCAGAGAGCUUUCGACACCGGUAUGCGGGUCAAGUCAUCACUGACGGCCAUGAUCUAUUCCAAGUCCUUGAAGCUGUCAAGCGAAGGCCGUUCAUCCAAGACUUCUGGCGACAUUGUCAACCACAUGGCUGUUGACCAGCAGCGCUUGUCUGACCUGGCGCAAUUUGGCGCGCAGCUCUGGUCGGCGCCAUUCCAAAUCGUUUUAUGCAUGGUUUCGCUCUAUCAGCUGGUAGGAUAUAGCAUGUUUGCCGGUAUCGGUGUUAUGAUUCUCAUGAUUCCUCUGAAUGGCACGAUUGCCAGGAUGAUGAAAAAACUCCAAAUCUCGCAGAUGAAGAACAAGGAUAUGCGAUCGAGGUUGAUGACAGAGAUCCUGAAUAACAUUAAGAGCAUCAAGCUUUAUGCGUGGAACACCGCUUUCAUGAACAAACUCAGCCAUAUCCGAAACGACUUGGAACUGAACACUCUUCGCAAAAUCGGUGCGACGCAGGCGGUUGCUAACUUCUCCUGGCAAUCCACGCCAUUCCUCGUGUCUUGCUCUACCUUUACGGUUUUUGUUUUGACCAGAGAUCAACCGUUGAGUACGGAUGUGGUGUUCCCUGCUUUGACGCUCUUCAACAUUCUCACUUUCCCGCUUUCCAUCCUGCCAAUUGUCAUCACAUCGAUUAUUGAAGCUUCGGUCGCCGUCAGGCGCUUGACUGAUUACUUCACGGCCGAAGAACUGCAGCCGGAUGCUGUGACUUUUGAGGAGCCCGUGUCGCACGUUGGUGAUGAAUCGGUCCGAAUCCGCGACGCUUCCUUUACCUGGGACAGAUACCAGCAAAUUCCUGUCAUUGACAACAUCGACUUUAGUGCUCGCAAGGGUGAACUUAGCUGUAUUGUUGGUCGGGUGGGUUCUGGAAAGUCUUCUCUGCUACAAUCGAUCAUCGGUGAUCUGUGGAAGUUGGAAGGCGAGGUUGUCGUCCGAGGCCGUAUUGCCUAUGUCGCACAGUCACCGUGGGUGAUGAACGCCACGGUUCGUGAAAAUAUCGUUUUCGGACACCGAUGGGAUCCUGAGUUCUAUGACCUUACCGUGGAGGCUUGUGCUCUACUCGACGAUUUCAAGAAUAUCCCCGACGGUGAUCAGACCGAGGUUGGAGAACGAGGUAUCUCGCUCUCCGGUGGGCAAAAGGCCCGAUUGACCCUUGCAAGAGCCGUUUAUGCUCGUGCGGAUAUCUACAUCCUCGAUGACAUCUUGUCUGCGGUCGACCAACAUGUCGGUCGCCAUCUGAUUAACCGGGUCCUUGGUAAGGAUGGUAUUCUCAGCAGCAAGACGCGAAUCCUAGCUACCAAUUCCAUUCCGGUGCUCAAGACCGCGGACUUCAUCGGUUUGUUGCGUGACAAGACCCUCGUCGAGAAGGGAACUUAUGAGCAACUGCUGGCAAUGAAGGGUGAAGUCGCGAACCUCAUCCGCACGACCAUGAACGAUUCGGACGAUGAAGCUGAAGGCAGCAAUCUUGCUAGUCCUGAGAGCUCGGAUUCGGCCACUGUGAUUGACAACCCCGACUCUGAAGUUUCAGAUGCGGAUGAGGCCGAAGGUGAAGUUGGUAACCUGCUUCCCAUUAGGUCUGGUGGUCAGGCUCGGAGAGCGAGCACUCACACUCUACGUCGGGCUAGUACGGCAAGCUGGCAUGGUCCGCAGCGCAAGGUGGCUGACGAAGAGAACGCCCUGAAAAGCAAACAGACACAGGAAACUUCGCAGCAGGGCAAGGUCAGCUGGGACGUCUAUCUCGAAUAUGCCAAGAACAGCAAUGUCAUCGCGGUCGGAUUUUACCUCUUUGCUCUUUUGGCCGCGCAGACCUGCCAGGUUGCUGGUAGUUACUGGUUGAAGUACUUUUCCGAGACGAAUGAGAGACAGGGAAACAACGCAAAUGUGGGCAAGUUCAUUGGAGUGUACUUGGCUUUCGGACUGGGUUCGUCUCUGUUGGUCAUUUUGCAGAACUUGAUUCUCUGGAUUUUCUGCUCGAUUGAGGCUUCGCGAAAGAUGCAUGAACGGAUGGCUUUCUCGAUCUUCCGUUCUCCCAUGAGUUUCUUCGAGACGACACCUUCUGGACGGAUUCUCAACCGGUUUUCGAGUGACAUUUAUCGUAUUGACGAAGUCCUUGCUCGUACGUUUAACAUGCUGUUUGGAAACUCCGCCAAAGCCCUCUUUACGAUGAUCGUCAUCGCUUCUUCAACUCCGGCGUUCAUUCUGGUUGUUCUUCCUUUGGGCUACAUCUAUCUCAGCUACCAGAAAUAUUACCUGAGAACAUCUCGCGAGUUGAAGCGUCUGGACAGCGUUAGCCGGAGUCCGAUCUACGCACACUUCCAGGAGUCUUUGGGCGGAGUGUCGACUAUCCGGGCAUAUAAGCAGGAGGACCGAUUCACUCUUGAGAAUGAAUGGCGCAUGGAUGCCAACCUCCGUGCCUACUUCCCGUCUAUUUGCGUCAACAGAUGGUUGGCCGUACGACUCGAAUUCAUUGGUUCCAUCGUUAUUCUGUCGUCUGCUCUGCUCUCCAUCCUGUCCGUCGCGACCCGCAGUGGUUUGUCUGCGGGCAUGGUCGGUUUGGCUAUGUCGUACGCUUUGCAGAUUACUCAGUCUCUCAACUGGAUCGUUCGACAGACGGUGGAAGUAGAAACCAACAUUGUCUCCGUCGAGCGUGUUCUCGAGUAUGCUGAGCUGCCCAGCGAAGCACCCGAGGUCAUCUUCAAGAACCGACCGGCUAUCGGCUGGCCAGGACAGGGUGCGGUGUCGUUUAACAAUUACAGCACGCGCUACCGACCGGGACUUGACCUGGUACUCAAGGAUAUUAGCCUCGACAUCAAGCCUCACGAGAAGAUUGGUGUUGUUGGUCGCACAGGCGCUGGAAAGAGUUCUCUUACUUUGGCACUGUUCCGGAUUAUCGAGCCGGACAAUGGUAGUAUCAAGAUUGAUGGCUUGGACGUAUCUACGAUUGGUUUGUUCGAUCUACGCGGUCGCCUCGCGAUUAUUCCUCAGGAUCCGGCUAUGUUCGAGGGUACCUUGAGAGACAACCUCGACCCGCGACAUGCGCAUGGCGAUAUGGAGCUCUGGAGUGUCCUGGAACAUGCUAGACUGAAGGACCACGUCGCUAGCAUGGAGGGACAAUUAGAUGCCCGUAUUCAGGAAGGAGGAUCGAAUCUGAGCCAAGGCCAGCGUCAGCUAGUUUCGCUUGCUAGAGCAUUGCUAACACCGAGCAAUAUUCUCGUUCUGGAUGAGGCAACAGCGGCUGUCGAUGUGGAAACGGACGCACUUCUGCAACGGACUUUGCGCAGCAGCAUCUUCUCGGACCGCACCAUCAUCACGAUUGCGCACCGCAUCAACACGAUCAUUGAUUCCGAUCGAAUCAUUGUCCUAGACCAGGGACGAGUCGCCGAGUUCGACACACCCGCGGAGCUCGUCAAGCAGCGCGGGAAAUUCUACGACCUGGCCAAGGAAGCCGGAUUACUGGAUAACGACGGAAUCGCAAUUCUGCAAUGA